GAUUCGGCGGUGUGGACAAAACCCGCUGCAGGAGGCUGCUCGCCCCGCAGAGCUGCUCGCAGCGGGCAGGGCGGGGUGACGGUCGGGUCGGGCGCCGAAUCGGACCUAGAGCAGGCGUAGACCGGGCAGGGGAGGCGGAAAAAGGCAACACUCUGCCGUGACAUGUCUUUGGCAUCCCUCACCAGGACGGGCCAGAGUUAGACGCGGGACCCGGGAGCCCCAGGGUGCGAGGUGGGGAGGUCACAGUCCAUCCCCCUCCUACCCCGCCCGCCCGCCCGUCCCCGGCGGGACUCGCCCCAUCGCCCUCCGUCCGGGGAGGGGGGGCGGUGAGGAGGGAACGAAGGCAGGAGAGAGGGUGGGAGAAGAGCCCGUUCUCGUCUGAGGCUGGAGGAGGCACAACCGCGUCCCCUGUCCAGCCCGUGCCUAUGCGGUACUUGAAGGAUGGCGAAAAGGUCGCGCAGUGAGGAUGAAGAUGAUGACCUUCAAUAUGCUGAUCAUGAUUAUGAAGUACCACAGCAAAAAGGAUUGAAGAAGCUCUGGAACAGAGUAAAAUGGACAAGGGAUGAGGAUGACAAGCUAAAGAAAUUGGUAGAACAACAUGGAACAGAUGAUUGGACUCUAAUUGCUAGUCAUCUUCAAAACCGAUCUGAUUUUCAGUGUCAGCAUCGAUGGCAGAAAGUUUUAAACCCAGAAUUAAUCAAAGGUCCGUGGACUAAAGAAGAAGAUCAGAGGGUUAUUGAAUUAGUUCAGAAAUAUGGCCCAAAGCGCUGGUCUUUAAUUGCAAAACAUUUAAAAGGAAGAAUAGGGAAGCAGUGUCGAGAGAGGUGGCAUAACCAUCUGAAUCCUGAAGUAAAGAAGUCUUCCUGGACAGAAGAAGAGGACAGAAUAAUCUAUGAAGCACAUAAACGGUUGGGAAAUCGUUGGGCUGAAAUUGCCAAACUACUUCCUGGAAGGACUGAUAAUUCUAUUAAAAAUCAUUGGAAUUCUACUAUGCGAAGAAAAGUGGAACAGGAAGGCUACUUACAAGAUGGAAUCAAAUCAGAGCGAUCUGCUUCAUCAAAACUUCAACACAAACCUUGUGCGACUAUGGACCAUUUGCAAACCCAGAAUCAGUUUUACAUACCUGUUCAGAUCCCAGGCUAUCAGUAUGUGUCACCAGAAGGCAACUGUGUAGAACAUGUUCAGACUUCUUCUGCAUUUAUUCAGCAGCCAUUUGUUGAUGAUGAUCCAGAUAAGGAAAAGAAAAUAAAAGAACUUGAAUUGCUUCUUAUGUCAGCAGAGAAUGAAGUUAGAAGAAAGCGAGUUUCAUCGCAGACCGGAAGUUUUUCUAGCUGGUCCGGUAGUUUCCUUAUGGAUGAUAGCAUGUCUAAUACUCUAAAUAGUCUUGAGGAGCAAACUAGUGAGUUUUACAGUAUGGAUGAAAAUCAGAAUGCAUCUGCCCAGCAGAAUUCACCCACCAAAUUCCUGGCUGUGGAAGCAAAUGCAGUAUUGUCAUCUCUACAGACAAUUCCAGAAUUUGCAGAGACAUUAGAACUCAUUGAAUCUGAUCCUGUAGCUUGGAGUGAUGUUACCAGUUUUGAUCUUUCUGAUGCUGCUGCUUCUCCUGUUAAACCCACCCCAGUUAAAUUGAUGCGAAUUCAGCACAGUGAAGGAGCUAUGGAAUGUCAGUUUAAUGUCAGUCUUGUACUGGAAGGAAAAAAAAACAAUUUCAGUAGUGGAGAGAGUGAAAUUAUUCCUUCGGUAUCCCCAAAUGUGGCUAAGUUUAGUACUCCACCUACUAUCUUAAGAAAGAAGAGAAGAAUGCGAGUUGGUCAGUCACCAAUUGGUGAACUCAAUGAUGGGUCAUUUAAUGACGCUGUCAAUAUUGCACUAAAACAUACACCAGUUAAAACACUACCAUUUUCUCCUUCACAGUUUUUCAAUACAUGCCCUGGAAAUGAACAACUUAAUAUUGAAAAUCCUGCAUUUACAUCAACCCCAAUUUGUGGCCAAAAAGUACUUAUCACAACUCCUCUUCACAAGGAAACUACACCCAAAGAUCAAAAGGAGAAUGCAGGAUUUAGAACCCCUACAAUUAGAAGAUCUAUACUGGGUACCACACCAAGAACUCCAACUCCUUUUAAAAAUGCUCUUGCUGCUCAGGAGAAAAAAUAUGGACCUCUAAAAAUUGUGUCACAGCCGCUUGCCUUCUUAGAGGAAGAUAUUCGUGAGGUUUUAAAAGAAGAAACUGGAACAGACAUAUUCCUCAAAGAGGAAGAUGACUCUACCUAUAAGAGCUGCAAACAAGAGCAUGUUUCUUCUGUGAAGAAAGUCAGAAAAUCAUUAGUUUUAGAUAAUUGGGAAAAAGAAGAACCUGGUACUCAACUAUUAACAGAAGACAACAUUUCAGAUAUGCAGUCAGAAAAUAUCUUUACAACAUCUUUAUUAAUGAUACCAUUAUUGGAAAUACAUGACAACAGGUGCAACCUGACACCAGAAAAACAAGAUAUAAAUUCAGCCAACAAAACAUACACACUUACUAAAAAGAAACCAAAUCCUAGCACUUCCAAAGGUGUCAAAUUGGAAAAGUCUCUUCAGUCCAAUUGUGAAUGGGAGGCAGUGGUUUAUGGAAAGACUGAAGAUCAACUUAUAAUGACAGAACAAGCAAGAAGAUACCUGAGCACAUAUACGGCAGCAAGCAGCACUUCCAGGGCAUUAAUACUGUAAUUGUCAAGAUAGCUGUGGAAAGCAUGCCAUUUCUUUACUAUGUAUUCUGCACUAAAUUCAAGUGUAGUGAAAUUUGUCAAUGAAUUGUUUUUAAACAUUUUUAAGAUGGCCUUAAAAUUUUUCACAUCUUUUAAAUAAAUAUCAGGCAGGCUAAAAGCUAAAUCAUUUUAGUAAGGGGUUAUCAGAACAAUCUUGCAGUAUUUUAAGCGAUCUUAAAAAUUGUUUUUAAAGAACAUUAAGAAAAGCAGCAUAUUAGAACAUGAAUAAGUAUUUUAAUAGCAAAUUUUCCACAUUUCGUUUCCAUAAAAUGUUGUCUACUUCGAUGCUCUCUUGAUGCUGCAAUUUUGUUGUAGAGUAGGUUAUAAGUACUUAAUGAUUUCUGAAGCCACAUGACCUGUGUAUGGGAGAGCAUGCAUAGUUAAUGAAAGUACUUUGGCUUACGUGCUUAUUUGCUUAUGUAGCACUCUGUUCUACUAUGUAUUAAGAAACACAAUGGAAAGAAACAUAAAAGAAGGGUAGAAAGUUGCACUACUAGUUUUUUUGUAUUCUUCAAAAACAGUGAAAUUAACUACAGUGUUAAAUAUAUUUAUUUGAAAUUGGUACUAGAAAUAAGAUGGGUUUAAUAAAGGGUUUUUUCAUUUUUAGUACAGAGUCAGUAUUUUCUUCAUAUAUCUCAGAAGAGCUGAGAGCUUUGUUGAAUGUAUUGUACAGUAUGUAGGGGCAGGAAAACUUUGUAAAUUGGAAAGGAGUCUGUUUUUAUAAUUUAUUUUCAUUUUAAAGCUUAAAUGUAGAUAUUUAUAUGUAUACAGGGUGUCUAGAAGUCAAUGUUGUUUCCUGUUUAACAGCUAUAUUAAGGACAAGUUUGGACCUUGAAGUUUGAAACAGCAAUAAGUUAUAGCCUGCAAAGAAUACAAAUUCUAUGCUGUAUGUCACAUCUACCUAAAUAUUGCACUAUGCCCUUUAAAUCAUGUUGGUUAUAAAGUAGUUAUUACAAAAUUUUUACUAAAUUAUAAUUUAACUUUUUCUUUUUUAAUUAUAUCUGGGGGUCAUGUAAAUUAGCAUAAUAAUUUGUACAUGUGUUUUAAAAUUGAGCAUUUUAUUUUGUUAAAACACAACAUAGCACCAUGGUCCCUAACCAAGUCUUAUCUGCACUUAGAAGUUUAUAAUAUUUACUUAGCAUUUCAAAAAUAGAGCAAAUAUUAUUCUCUUAUUUAUACAGGAAAAACUUUUGUCCUUUUAUAAAACUUUUGUGUUUCUCUACAGGUUACAACAGUUGCUUCAGUUGCCUAUUUUAGGUAUUUGCACUUAUUUUAUUUCUUUUUGAAGGAAUGUCUUGGUUUGCUUUUGUUGUAGAGAUUUUAUGUAGUUAAUUCCUUGCAGAGUAUAAUGGUGUGCUGUCAAUUUACACUGACAGGUAAAUAGAAUUGUACACUGUAGUUUUAGUUAUUUAUAAUUAACACACUCUCUCCCUCUCCACUCCUGAAGUGUGCUGCUAUAGAGAAUAGCAGAAUCAGCUUGCUGCUAUGAGAGACGGAAAGAGCGACCACCAUAUGCACUGUGUGUAGAGAUAAAAUCAAAUGAUGGCAGGUUCUCAAGUUACCUUUAUGGGAUCAAACAUUACCAGGAAAAUUCUUGCUGAACUGAUACUCUCAAAUCCCAAAGGUUGAGCUUUGGUUAUCUUUCUAAACAUGAAAAUAUUACAGUGGCUUAAAAGAAAAAAGCAACAGUUCCAUGUCUGUCAUCUGUUAGAUAGGAAUUGAAAUAUCAAAAGUUUGAAUUUGUAGCUACUGUGCAGUAGACCUAAAAGGAUCUCAAACUAUUUAAAUCUUGAGUCAUGUUGGCCCUCCCAGUUUUUGUAUACUGUAGUGAGAAGUGCAGAAAAUAUACAGUAUUAAAAUUAUGCCUUAUUGAUAUCAAAUAGAACAACCAGUUUGGACUUUGUUAGCAAAUGUUUAUUGGGGGUGUUAAUUCCUUGAUAAUUAAUGGACUUCCUGCAGAAGUUACACUAUGAAAAACAAAUUGAUACAGCAGAAUUACAAAGUGUCAUUUUAUUUAAAAUGAGCCAGUGGCACAUAAUGGGCAGUGGAUUGAUUUUUUUUUUUUUCUCUUUGAAGACCAUAGCUAAUAUGGGUGCACAUAGUCUCACAUCACCAAAGUCUAUCAUCUAGAAAGAUCGGCUUUUUAAAAGAAAAUAUAAGAUUUCUUUUUCUUGAACAUUAAUCCAAAAUGUUAAUGUAUUCCAGAUUUUAUAAACCAAGGUUUACUGUACAUAGUAUAUAUUAGAGUUGGUAUUGGUUGAGCCCUUUAGCUAACUGCUUUUGUUGCUUUUGCAAGAAGAUGUCAAUAUUUAACAUGUCAGAUAUUUUAAGUCACCUUUUUACUGUUCUGUAUAUAUGUGUGCAUUAUAAUUUUUCAAGAUGUUCUAAACAACUUAGAUAUACAUGUAGCAGCCAAACUUGUGUGGAAAUGGGCUAUGCAUAUAAAAUAUUCCAUCUUGCCUUUGGGUUUUGACAUUAAUGUACAACAAUUACAAUUGUAAUUGUAAAAGAAUCUUUUGUAAGAGAAUCUUGGGUACAAUGCUGAUUUUUGUUAACAUCCAAAAUAAAACAUCUGUGUACAAGCUGAC